CUCGACUCGACUCAACUACAUCAUCAAAAGGAAAAAAGUGUUUUCUUAAUUUUCCUGCAACACUCUUUUGUUUUGUUCCCUUCUAGAUUCAUUCACUGCUGGUAGAUUCAAAGUUAAAAGAACAAAACAACCAAAGUUUAGUCAAGAAAAUAAAAAAAAAGUUUCACUCUUUACUUUGCUUUUUUUUUUUUUUUUCUUUCUUUAAUUUUUCUCAAAAGAAUGGAAAUGAAGCUUCUUGCAAUGAUUUUGCCCAUGUGGGCAUGUAGCAUUUGUUUGUUCUCAUCUGUACUUGUUGCCAGACCAGACACAACUGUUUCCAACAUUUUUAGUUCUGGUUUUGUUGCCGUGAAGGAACCCCUUUCUCAGUUUUCUGCAAAAAUGGAAGCUCAAUCUCCAGGAAAUUCUGAGGUUAGAAUGGUGCACCACCAAGAUCUGAACAAGAAAAUACUUAUAGCACUUGUUGUCACACCGACUAUUCUUGGUGUUCUAUUGCUGUUCUUUUUAUGCUUUUGGAUCUAUAGAUUGAAAAAACUGAAGGAUUCCAAUGGAAAAAGCAAACAGAACUUUGAUUCUGGCAGAGGACUUUCAUUGAGUCCAAUGAUGGAACGAUUUAAUUCAUUGAGGACAACUGGUAAGAAUGAUUCAGUUGCUGUCAUUGAGUAUCAGUAUUUAGAAGUUGCCACAAACAAUUUCCGGGAAAAUAAUGUUCUGGGUGAGGGAGGUCGUGGGCGUGUUUAUAAAGCACGGUUCAAUGAAAAAUUCCUUGCAGCAGUGAAGAGAAUAGAUGAUAGAGGGCAGGAUGCUGAAAGAGAAUUUGAGAAUGAACUGAACUGGUUAACUAAAAUCCGGCAUCAGAAUAUUAUUUCUCUUUUAGGUUACUGCAUCCAUAAUGAAACAAGGUUUCUUGUAUAUGAAAUGAUGCAAAAUGGCUCUUUGGAGGACCAAUUGCAUGGUCCUACUCAUGGAUCUGAUCUUACAUGGCAUCUACGGAUGAAAAUUGCUGUUGAUGUUGCUCGAGGACUAGAACAUCUUCAUGAGCACUGCAGCCCUCCUCUAGUCCACAGAGAUCUGAAAUCGUCCAAUAUUCUUCUUGAUUCCAACUUUAAUGCAAAGCUUUCAGAUUUUGGCCUUGCUGUGACUGGUGGAACCCAAAGCAAGAAUGUAAAGCUUUCUGGAACGCUGGGCUAUGUUGCCCCAGAGUAUCUUUUAGAGGGUAAACUUACUGAUAAGAGUGAUGUAUAUGCCUUUGGAGUUGUAUUGCUGGAGCUUCUGAUGGGAAGAAGGCCGGUGGAAAAGAUGUCACCAAUUCAAUGCCAAUCGGUAGUCACAUGGGCCAUGCCUCAGCUCACUGACCGAUCAAAGCUUCCCAACCUUGUGGAUCCUGUAAUUAGAGACACGAUGGAUUUAAAGCACUUAUAUCAGGUUGCCGCUGUAGCAGUGCUAUGUAUACAACCUGAACCAAGUUACAGGCCAUUGAUAAUGGAUGUUCUGCAUUCGUUAAUUCCUCUUGUACCGACCGAGCUUGGAGGGUCAUUACGAGUUGCAUAAGGAGCAUAACCUUUGCCUUGUCGGCACCCAGCCUUCAGACAAGUAAACCUUGCUUAUCACGUCAGCCAGCAUUACAUUCUUUAAUGCUGCUGGAUGUUCAAAGUACAUCACAUGGUUCUCGUUUUUUUGGUUCCUGAUCAUUCUUUUCCAGACAAAAGUUGCCUUCAGGGAUACAUAUACAGGGAAGAUCAUGGUAGCUAGAAAUUUAGUUUCUCAUUGAUACAGCUGUAAAUUAUAUGUCAUUGCGUUGUAGAACUUGCAAUGUAGUUUCUUUGGUUUAGAUUAUUGAAAAUGGAAUGUACUUUUGGAUGAAAAUGAAGAAUUUUAUUUUUUGAA